AUCAAAAAUGUCAAUAGAAUUUAUCCUUUCAUUCAUUUUAGUUGAUUUUAGUGCCUAAUUAAAUAGGGAGUUAUUGAGUGGAAAAUUCUUUUCAUCUAGAAAGAUGGCUUGCAAUACUUGUAACACAAAAUUCAAUUUUUUUCAUAAAGAGAUGGGCUGUGCAAAUUGUGGCAUGUCAUUUUGCAAUAAAUGCUUGAAACAAAAAUGCAGAAUUCCUUCUAAAGGACCUUCCGAGUUUAAUGUAUGCAGAAUAUGUUUUAACAAACUCACAUCUCUGAAUGAAACAGAGACUCCAUUCAACCCACCUGACACAUUUUUGAAACGUCUUGAGAAUCUAGAGAACCCAGUUGCUCCUCCUAUAACUGUAUAUAAACAAAAUCCAAAAUUUCAAAAAAUGAAAAUAGGUCUUACCCCAGCAGAUCAAAAACUUGUGGAUCGUUUGGAAAAGUUGAAGGAUGAGAAAAAUAAGUCUCCCCCCCCUUCAGAAACUGAACUUCGAAGAAGGUUGGCCCAACUGAAGGGAGAAAAUUUCAUUGAAUCAUCUGCCAAAAAUUUAUUGCCUUCUGUGGAUAAUAGAACACAUCAAGAGAAAGUGGAUGGUUUACUUGAUCAGUAUACAAGUGAGCGUGACAUAGAAUUUCAGCACAACCCUCAGGAAGAAAUAGAAGCCAGAUUGGCAACAUUAAGGGAACAAGGUGUUCGACCAAAUGAAGGAACUUAUAUGAGUAACUUACAUGAUUCAGAUGAUUCUGAGGAAGAAAUAGGAAAGAUUACAAAAAAGAUAAUGGAUGAGGUUGCCUUAGAACAAGCUACACAUCCACAAUUAUCAAAUAAAAAUUCGAAUACCUCGGAUAAGAGCGAUAAAUCCUUGGAACAGUGGUGUGCCUUGUGCAAUAAAGACCCAAAAUUUCGGUGCUUCAAUCAUAUUAUGUAUGACACUGGCACAAGUCGUCAUGUGGAUGAAUCUUUUUUACAACAUUUCCUUAUCGAACGUGAUAUCCAUUUAUUACACAAAUCAGAAGAUAUUGAACAAAGGCUAGCAGAAUUGAGGGAUCAAGACGUUGAAAAAUCUUCAUGUGAUGGACCACUUUUAUCUAGUUUGCCAGAUUCUAGUAAUUCAGAUUCAGUAGAUUUUAUGGUUAGAAAGGUUAUGGAUGAGGUGGCCCUUGAAGAAAAAACCAAAGCGAGUUCCUCUGGUACAGAAGGAGAACCUGACGAAAGUCUGGAUGACACAGAAGUUCUUCCCUGGUGUGUUUUAUGUAACGAAGACGCCCAUUUUAGAUGUCUAGAUUGUGGGGAUUUGUACUGUUCAAAAUGUAACAAAGAAGUACAUAAACAAUGGGAUCGAGACCAUAAAGUUGUCGCUUUUACACGAAAAUAAUUAAAAGGGGAAACUAUAUUUAUAGGACAGUAUUACUAUAAGCUAAUUCUUUCCACAUGAAAAUGUCGAAAUGAUUUAUUUUGUUCCUCCUUUCAUCCCUCUCACUAUUUUUUUCGAGGUUGCAUCAACAAACUGAAUAUUAGUAAUGCAUAAUCAUUUCUAUUGUUGAUUAUUCCUGUUUAUUAUUAUUUAAAAGAUUGUUUAAAUUUCAGAACUGUCCAAAUUCCAAAGUCCAACUCUGUAGCUCCCAUCUUUGGCAUGGUAGUUAAUUCAACGAGUAACAAUUUAUUUGAACUUCAUACCAAAACCCCAAAGUUAUGAUCAACAAGUUUUUAGAAAAACUGCUCAAUAUGUUCUCUAGAUACUCUAGAAUACAGUUUGAGUGAAACACCCUGUAAAUUUGGUUGUAAUAUUUCGAGUCAACAAAUCUUUUUUCAAGUACAUAAAUUCAAAGUAUUAAUGACUGAGUUGUAGAAAAAAAAUUUCUACCAACUAAUAUGGUAAUUGUUUUUUUAUGUGGUUUCAUAUUAUUUUUACAACAUGAACAACAUUAACAUUGCAGCUAUAAGACUGAACUAUUUCAUUCAUCGAAAUUGAUUAAAUCUUUGUAGAUUAUGCAGGAUAUAUUCCGAAGAAUUUGGAAUUCACAAAUGGUUUGAAUGCUUCAUAAAGAGGAGGAGCAGAUAUGAAUGGAUGACUUUUGUUAUUUACCGUGUUUAAGUAUGUAUAUUAUUGUUAUCCUAUCGAAUAGGAAUAAAAUUUUAGUUGAAAGUUGGCCGAGAAGCUCAACUGAAAUAAAGUCAAAUUAUAAUGUUCAAAGUGACAUAACAAUGCAUUUUCAUUAAUUUAUAUUGGUUAUAAGGCAUACUUGAGAGUUUUAUUUAUUUAUGCAUUCUUCGAAAAAUGAUUCAAUAGAAAGUUCGACUUUUCAGUGUAUACUUUUAUAGAAAAUUUUCAACUUUGAUUUUUCAAUUGAUAAAGAUUUUUAUUCAUUUGUUUUUUGUUUUGAAAUUUGAAUUUUAUCGUUUUCAUUUGUUGUUUUAUCAUUAAUGUUUUCGUCAGUAUGUGCCCUCAGUCACUUGAUAAAAAGACGCUUAUGUAUAUUUGAAAUGGUGUUUGUAUUGUAAUCUACUAAAAAUUAUUUUGACAACAGUUUUUGAGCUCACAAAUCAUUCUUUUGAUGUUGGUAUGGUGCUUUUAAAAAAGGUCUACUUCUUAUUCAUGAAUAACCUUUUGCUCACUUGCCAUUCCACUUGUUCAUCAAUUUUUUUUCGUAAUACUCCACUUACAUCAGUAUAAUUAGAUUGUAAUAUAUCUCAAUUAUUUUCAAAUAAAUCAAUCAUCUCGCA